AUGGAAGGGAAGAACCACACCACAGUGACAGAGUUUAUCCUUCUGGGGCUGGCCACCAAUCAAGAGAUGAAGCUUCUGCUGUUUGCUAUCUUCUUAACCGUGUAUGCCGUCACCGUGACAGGCAAUCUUUUGAUUGUAAGCCUAGCGGUUUUGGAACCCAGCCUCCACACUCCUAUGUACUACCUGCUGGGAAACCUCUCUUUCCUGGAUUUCUGCUAUUCCACUAUCACAGCUCCCAAGAUGCUGGUAGGCUCCCUAAAGAAGACGAAUACCAUCACCUACGGAGGCUGCGUUUCCCAGAUCUUCUUCUUCCACUUUGUCGGAGGCAUCAAGAUCUUUCUCUUGACCAUCAUGGCCUACGAUCGCUACGUCGCCAUCUUCUACCCCUUGCGCUACAUGGCCAUCAUGAACGGGACCAUCUUUGGUGGGCUGGUAUGGGCCUCUUGGGUGGGUGGCUUUGUCCACUCCAUCGUUCAAGUGGCCAUCAUUGUCCAGCUGCCCUUUUGCGGUCCCAACAUUUUGGAUAAUUUCUACUGCGAUGUCCCCCAGGUGGUCAAACUGGCUUGUACCAACACAUUUGUGGUGGAGCUGCUUAUGGUGUCCAACAAUGGCCUGGUGACCUUGAUGUGCUUUGUGGUGCUACUGGUAUCGUACUCCAUCCUACUAGCCAAGCUGAGAGCAGGUUCUGCACCAGGGCGGAGCAAGGCUGUUUCUACUUGUGCCUCUCACAUCACUGUGGUGACCCUGAUUUUUGGGCCCUGCAUCUAUAUUUAUGCCCGUCCCUUUCGUAGCUUCCCAAUGGAUAAAGCCGUUGCUGUUCUCUACACUCUCAUCACGCCUGUCCUGAACCCUUUCAUUUACACACUGAGGAACAAAGAUUUCAAAAGCGCCCUGGAGAAGCUCAAAGGAAGGAAGCAGAAAUUAAGUCCUUUCUACCCGGCGACAAGCUAG